UUGUCUCUGAACGUAACCUCAAACUGAAUUGCGCAUGUCAUUUAAGCAAGGAGCCGAUUGCGAUAUAUGCGCUAGUUGAAAACUUCAGUUCGUUCGUCGGACUCGUGUAAAGUGCAUUGUUUAUAGUUUUACUUCGAAUUUUUGUGAAAAUGGCUAACUUACGACAAACGCCAUUGACUUGCAGUGGACAUACGCGACCCGUCGUCCACUUGGAUUUCUCAGAGAUCACCGAGAGCAGCUAUUUCUUGAUUUCUGCCUGUAAAGACGGAAAACCCAUGCUCAGACAAGGAGACACUGGAGACUGGAUUGGCACAUUUGAAGGACAUAAAGGGGCUGUUUGGGGCGUAGCCCUAAACGCUGAUGCUACAAAAGCUGCCAGUGGGGCUGCUGAUUUUUCUGGCAAAGUGUGGGAUGCCAUUACUGGAGAAGAACUGCAUUCCUUCCAGCACAAUCACAUCGUAAAAAGUGUAAAUUUUUCUCGAGAUUCCGCUUUGUUAGCAACAGCCAGUAAUGAGAAGUUGGUUCGGCUAUUUGACCUAAAUAAACCUGAAGCUGUUCCAGAAGUGUUCUCAGGCCACACAGCUGGCAUAAGACACAUUUUGUUCUUCAGAAAUGAUACGCACCUGGUUUCUUGUGCAGAUGACAAAACCUUAAGAGUCUGGGAUAGGUCAAAUAAACAGGAAAUCCACAAAGUGUCUUUCCCGUUCAGCCCCAACAGUUUGGAAGUAUCCAAAGACGGUUCGGUAUUAACAGUGGCUUAUUCCAACAAAGUGGCCUUUUAUGAUGCGGAAACCCUCAAUAAAAUCCGAGAAUAUACCAUUCCAUCGCCUGUUAAUUCUGCAUCCCUACAUCCGGACAAGAGUAUCUUUGUCGCAGGUGGGGAUGACCUGAAGGUCUACAAGUAUGACUAUCAAAAUGGCACAGAAAUAGAGUCGUUCAAAGGUCACUUCGGCCCGAUUCACUGCAUAAAAUUCUCUCCGGAUGGCGAGUUGUAUGCUUCGGGAUCUGAAGAUGGUACAUUGAGAUUAUGGCAGACUACUAUCGGCAAGACCUACGGACUAUGGAAGUGCACUGAAUCAGCUAAUCUGAAUGAAAGCUUAACACCCAAAGAAGUUCAGGCAAACUGAAGAACACUGCUAGAAAAUUGGAUACCAUCUAACGAAAUUUCCCAAGUCUUAAUUCGAUGCUUUCAUAAAAUGGACAACUAGCAUUUAUCUAUAGGUAAAUCUUUAUAUCAGUUUUUCAGCUUGGUUGUUACUUUGCAAAUCUCCCGGCUUAGAGAUUCAACGUUACUAAGUCUGAUAGACUUGUAAGUAGUGUUUGCCAUGAUAUAAUGACAAAUAGACUGAUGAGUUCUUUAGACUGUUUCUACUUUCUGCCCUAAUUAAACACUGUUGUUGCCACGUUG